UGAGCGAGCAUGAGGAGGUAUUAAACAGAGGGGGAGCCAGGAACAGCGUCACUAGUGAAUAUAAUCCUGUCGUGUUAUAUACCAAGACGAGUGAAGCACAGGCAGUUAGAAACUGAAGUGUUACAGAAUGCAGGUGUUGUGUGUGGUGGUGAUAGCAGUGGUGGGGGCGGUGGCGUGCCAGGCAGCGGCUGUAGUCGACGACAAGGAUGAUGACCUCGACGUGGUAGAGGUUAUGGCCAGUGGUGAAGAUACCUCGCUCGACAGUUCCCCAGCUACAGGACGGACUUUCUCAGAGUGGGGCAAGACAAUUAUGGAAUGGAUGGGUUUUGACUAUGAUGACGAGAGUGAGUAUGAUUACGAAUAUACCUACUACUAUCCCCCCAGCGCCUCCAGUCAGGUGGGCUAUGGAAUACCUGCUGUGGGCUAUGUGUCUCCCUCUGCAGGUGGUCAACAGUCUUCAUAUAGUAGCUACUCUCCCGUGCAAAUUGCUCCUCAACACUUCGGCCAUCCUGCCCGUGAUGACAAGUAUGAAGAAGAUGACAAUAGCUGGUCCAUGACAGACUUGAUGUAUGGUGUGGCUAUGUCAGCUAUUCCUAUCGGCCUCCUCGUCUCAGCCACCCCUACUGGCCUCUUCACUGUUGCCCUUAGGAGACGAAGCCUUGGUGAUGAUAAUCUGCUGGAGGACAGUCUUAACCCAGAAGAAUUUCCCCUGCUACAUGCUUUAGUGGAGAGUGACUUCCUGGUCUCACCUCCGGGAGUGCCAAGCGAAGCUCUUCUGUGA